AGGACGCCGAGUGGAUCACUCGCGCUUCGACACGCACACGCGCACGCACGCACGCACGCACACACACACGCCCCGCGGUGGAGUACCGGCGCUCGGGACGGACUGCACCUGUCCGACACGCACCGUGUACCCUCACGCAGACGGACACACACACGGUCGCCCCUAUGUGCGGAUGGGACCAGAGUUCCACGGCGACCUCUCAUAGCUCGGCCAUGUUGACCAGUGAGGGGGCGCACGCCAUGGAGCAGGACGACGCACACCGCGGGUUCAAGAUGGUCUCCGCCGCCGCCGCCGCCACCACCACCAGCUCGGGGGCCGACGUGGAGAUGGAGGAGGCGGACAUGACGCGGUGGACGGAGGCGGAGUUUGAGGAGAAGUGCACCUACGUCGUCAAAGACACGGCGUGGGAGGCGGAGUCAGAUCGCGGGAGGGCGACCAGGGCCGAGGCGUCGCUGCCCCGGAACCUCGCCUUCAAACACCCGGCCGACAGCAAGGAGGUGGUCGGCGUGUGCAGCAGGGAGUACAUCCCCAAAGGAACUCGCUUCGGCCCCCUGGUGGGUGAGACCUACACCGCCGACAGCGUUCCCAAGGACGCCAACCGCAAGUACUUCUGGAGGAUCUACGAGGACCAGGACUUCCGCCACUUCGUGGACGGCCUGGACGAGACUCGCUCCAACUGGAUGCGCUACGUCAACCCGGCCCACUCGGCGGCCGAGCAGAACCUCGCCGCGUGCCAGAACGGCGCCGAGGUCUUCUUCUACACGGUGAAGCCCGUCCCCGCCGGCGCCGAGCUGCUCGUCUGGUACUGCCACGACUUCGCCCGCCGCCUCCACUACCCGCCGUCCGGAGAGCUGAUGAUGCAGAAACUCAAGCAGUCUCUCCUGGAGGUCAAGCAGCAGCAGGUGACCAGCGGGGAGCGCUCGGUGGUGGCCUCCAGCCCCUCCCCCGUCGCGGCGACCCCCACGCCGCCGCCGAAGAGGGAGCACAGCGUCCUCUCCAUUCUCCGCGGCACCACCUCCUCCUCCUCCUCCUCCUGCUCGCCGGCUAAGAGGGAGCCCAGCCGACCGCUCCCGACCCGCCUGCACUGCGCCGACAGCCCCGAGCGGCCCCUGUACCCCCGCGCCCUCUACCCGGCCCCCCGGCCUCACCCUCACAUCCCCCAGGACUUCCUCGGCGGCCACAAGCCCGGCCAGCUCGGUUACCCCGCAACCCGUUCCCCCGGCAACCAGUCCUCCACCACGCCCAGCCCGUCGGCACGGAGCAGCCCGGAGAGCAGCCCCCAGGGGAGCCCCUCGGGCCCAGCCUCCUUCUACCCCGCCGGACUGGGUUCUUACCCCGGUUACUCCCCGCCACCCACCCCCCUGUCCUCAUCCUUCUACCCUCCGGGCGCCCCUUACUCACGCUACCUCCUUCCCCAUCACUACCCUCUCCCUGGCGGGGGCGUCCCCACCGUGGGAGGAAUCUUUCCCAGGAUGUACCCCCUGUACAGCAGCCUCCUGCCCCCCCACGUGCCCCUCCUGCACUCCGACACGGCCGGGAGGCGCUUCCUGAUGCCCGACCACGUCCACCCCGCCUCCAUCUCGGCCCACAGAGAUUUCCUCCUGCCCCGCCCCACCAGUGCCUUCCAGGCGGCCACCUCCCUCAAGGACAAAGCGGCGCCUCACCACCCGUACCCGGGCCACCCUCCCCCGCACAGGUCUGCCCACGCGCCCGCCAGCGGCUCCCCGACGGCGGGCGCGGCGCCGCCCAACGAGCGGGUGCCCACCAAGCCUACCUCGGCCCUGCUGGGCAACGGCGGCGAGCAUUGCUCCGACGACGAGGCCAUCAACCUGAGCAAGGCGAAGCGCGGCCCCGGCUCGGCGGGCUACAAGGCGCUGCCGUACCCGCUGAAGAAGCAGAACGGCAAAAUCAAGUACGAGUGCAACGUGUGCAGCAAGACCUUCGGCCAGCUGUCCAACCUGAAGGUUCAUCUUCGAGUCCACAGCGGAGAGAGACCCUUCAAAUGUCAGACCUGUAACAAGGGCUUCACCCAGCUGGCGCACCUGCAGAAACACUUCCUGGUCCACACGGGGGAGAAGCCCCACGAAUGCCAGGUGUGUCACAAGCGCUUCAGCAGCACCAGCAACCUGAAGACUCACCUGCGCCUCCACUCGGGGGAGAAGCCCUACCACUGCAAGCUCUGCCCGGCCAAGUUCACGCAGUUCGUCCACCUCAAGCUGCACAAGCGCCUCCACUCCCGCGAGCGCCCGCACAAGUGCCCCCACUGCCACCGCCACUACGUCCACCUGUGCAGCCUGCGGCUCCACCUGAAGGGCUACUGCCCGGCCGCCUCCGGCCAGACCGCCUCGGAGGAGCUGCAGCGCGCCAACGAGGAGAUCGAGCGCUUCGACGUCAGCGAGCACGCCGAGCAGCUGGAGCAGCUGCAGGGGGGCGCGGAGGUGGAGGCCGUGCUGGAGAAGCAGGUCUUGGGUCUGCUUUGGAGGGAGCCGGACCUCAAGGCCUCCCGCUUCCGCGGCCACCACAAGGGCGCCGACCUCCUGUCGGCGGAUUACGGCGCGUACAAGUCGCCGAGCGAGACGUCGGUCAUCAAGAUGCGGCACGGCGGCGUCCUGUCGCUUCCUGCCAACGUCACCGUCAAGCAGGAGUCGGAUGACCACGCGUGAUCGACGUUUUCCGAACCCGAGGGACAGAGGGUUGAAGACGGACGGGGGUUGCCGGUAGCGACGGCUGUAAAUAAGUAAUUCUCUACCUGGUUGUCACGAGGAGCGACGUCAGGAUUACACCAGGUUUUCAACCUAUCAGGGACUCGCGUACUCAGGGCUCGAGAGACACUGUCCCAUGACUACUUAGAGGGUUAUUUCCUAGAGACAAUCAUGUACCAGGAUUUACCUUUGAUGUAAUUAAUAUAAUGCUAUUAUCAUCAUUGUUGCUGUAUUAUUUGCUCUCUAUUUUCAAAGGUCUUUGUGUAAUUUUUUGGAUCAAUUAGUUGUUAUAUAACCUCCUUAAUUUAUUACACUUUUUAUUUGUUGUCUUGAAAAGCAAUAAGUGGAAGGGAUGGUCACACUGACGGGGAAAAUCAAUGUAAAAGACUGUUUUCUGUGUGUUUUUUCUCUCAGCAGAUAGCCACUCUCUAUGCCUGCAUCCGUCAGUCCUGCGACCUCUGACCUUUAGAACCAGGGGUGUCCACUCUUCAGGGUUUUUUCUAUUUAGAAAACCAACAUAGCAGGUUUAAAAAGAGAAAAGAAAAGUUUGGAAUAGCUUGCCAAAGGGCGGCACAUAAAUCUGUUAAUUUAAGAGCUUUAUUUCAUCCGUGCUUGAUGGCUUCCCAAAUGUCUCUGUCCUUUUCUGAUGCCUGAACUUAAUUUAAUUUGACACAAAAAAGGGCAUUUUUUUUGUGUAUAUUUUUCACAACGGUUACCUCAGUGUGCAUGUGACGCGUGUGUGUGUCUGUCUGUGUGUGUGUCUGUGUGUGUGAGUGAGCGUGUGUGUUUUAAAGGGACGGCUAAAGGUGGGAGCUUUCUAUUUAUUUGCGUUUUGCUACUUGAAGAAGAAUAAGAAACCAAAACUGAACUCUGGAGUGCAGCUCCUCACGUGGUCCAACAGGAGCCGGCUCCAACAUGUAGCACAUACUGGACCCCCCCACCCCCCCCCACACACACACACACACACACCUCCUCACUCCUGUGUUUUUAUUUCUCCACAUCACUGUCGAUGCCCAACGGGGAGGUGAACGUCCUCCGGUUUGGGGAUUCCCUCUAGACGCUAGUAACCAAAGUUCACGUGGCUUUAACUCUCACACCAAAAAGAAGAAAAGAAGCAGGAAGGGCGAAGUCGGGGGUGUGGGGGGGGGGGGCUCUAGGAUCUAAAUGCUGAAGAAGGGAAGAUGUGCGUGCGUGUAAAUGAUGAAGUGUUUUCUUUUUACUCUUGAUGUAGAUGAUUUGUUGUUUGUCUGUGAAUAUUCUUCGGUUGGGAAGCAGUGGCCUCUUCUUCAACCCCACCCGUCCGCCAUCUUGUUGAACUGGCACACACCAAAGCACCUCGGCCUUCUUUUUUUAUGCACUGCCCCCCCCCCCCUUUGUAACUUCAGUACCAAGCUUGCACCAUUGCCACUGUGUACAAUGUGACUGACAGCGGUCAUGAUGGCAUUAAGACUGGACUUGAUGCUGCUGAAGCAGCUGUAGCGUCGUGGAGAUGAAGCAUCAUCGGUUCCUCGUCUUCUCUCACUAAUGUUCGACCAAAGCGUCUCCUUCUCUGAUCAGAGCUUUAACUCCAGAGGACAAUUCCCCAAAGGACUGUCUCUGUUUACAUAGUUAUUUAUGUGCAAAAAAUGUUUUAAAAAAGGUGUAAAUUAUGAUAUAAAUGUUCACUGCUCGAAUCUAAA